AUGAUCCCUCUGAUCCCAACGGAAAUUUAUCAACAAAUUUUUAAAAGAUUUCAUGUAUCAACAAUUUGGAAAUUUGCUUUAGUCAAUAAAACUUGGUGCGCAAACGUUACCCCGAUUCUUUACAAGGACCCAUUUUCGCUCGUGUAUAAUAAUGCUCUGGGCGAUAAAGAGAGGAAGGUGCAACUUGCAAGAACAUACUUAUGGUGUUUGAACGAUGAUGCAAAAAAUUUCCUUAAAUCUAUUGGAAUAGAACUACCCGAUUGCAUCAAAACAAAGUCAACAUUCAAGUAUGAGUUAUUCUUGUACAAUUUAAAUUAUCUAAAUUUUAUUGAUAUCUUUAGAGAAUGGCUCUCUCUAGACAAUGAUGGCAAUAUGAUAGAUUAUUUUCAUUACGUGAUACUUGAAAAAAUUUGCAAGCAGUUUGCCACUAGCGCCGAAAGCAUUAGAUUUCUUUCAUUUAUAAAUGUUAACAAGAUUCAUCUUCCUUUUCGAAAUCGAAUGAUGGAACCAUUGCAUUCACAUAUUUGUGGCGAAAAUUCUUUCUUCUCGCGCAUCGAAAAGUUUGAAACUGAUGAAAGUGUUACAUCCGGGUUCUUCUUUAAGAUGGCACAAGUGGCUCACAAAAUUGAAGACUUGCACAUUGUUGAUUGUCAUAAGAAUGACGAGGCUGUUGCAACAUUAAUUAAAGUUCAAGAUAAUUUACAAAAGAUUUCUCUUGAAUUCAAUGGAAGUCUUCAAUCAUGGGAGUAUCUUGAAGAAGCACUUGGAGAAAAAGUUGAUUCACUUAAAUAUGUACACAUCUUAUCAAGAGUUUAUUUAACAUACGACUAUUUUUCACUUGGGAUAUUUUCCGGAUGCACAAAUUUGCAAGUAUUGAAAUUGCAUCUUUACAAAUCCAUGGAUCAUCAUGUCUUGGAAGAUUUUGCUGAAUCAGCUUUAACGAAAUUGAAAACCUUGGAUUUGAAAAUUGCAAUUCAUCCAACUUCUGAGACUUUUUGUCAGAUCUCGAGACUUAUCACAAAUUCCAACAUUUAUGAUACUUUACGAAACGUCACAAUAGUCUGGCAAUAUUAUCCGGUCGAUUUUUACGAAGUAUAUUUAUCAUCUUCAACUCAUGCCAACAAUGAUCCUAAAAACUGUAUCAUUAACACGAUCAUUGAUUCUUGCACAAGUAUAACACAUUUGGAGAUAACCAUUCCGAAUUCUAAGGGUAGUCACAUUUUAAAUAUUUUUCUUGCAUGUGUUUUACUACAAGAGGUAAAGUUUUAUACAGAUAAUGUACGUAAUCUCGCAAAUACCAAAUGUGAUCAUUCGGAAUAUUCGGAUAUAUCUCAAAAAUUUUUGUCUUUCGGCGAAAAUAUACCGAAAAAUUUACGAUUACUUUGCUUCUUUGGUUCCUGGAGAUUUGAUUAUUUUGCAUUAUCAGACUUCCUCGAUGUAUGUGCAGAAAGAUUAAACAAAAAACCUUUCGGAUUAUUGUUCAGCCUGCAUCCAGGAAGGAAAUCAGUUGAAAUUAUGCUUAAACAUUUAAACUCAGGAUUAUUGGAUCCGAUGAUUCACGCGAAUAAUGUAUUAGCUUGGAUAAAAUGUUAA